ACGCGAAUUGGGUCGAUUAUGUCAUGGCGGGUUAGAUGUUUUCGGCAGUUGAUUUUUAUUGAAUUUGUUUUGAAUUACGCCGUCAAUGAUCUCGUUUGAAACGCUGUCGUUUAAAAAUAAGCUUAUUUGUAUAUUAGUGAUCUUUUUAUAAACUAUUCAAAUGCUGAAACGGUUGCAAAUGGGCCUUCGCGCGUUCAUGCUGCUCGCAUCAAAAGUAUGGAGUUGUUUUUGUUAUAUGUUUAAGAAGCAAUAUCGAGCGUUGGCUCAAUAUCAAUCCGUCAAAUAUGAGAUGUAUCCACUUUCGCCCGUAUCUAGACACAGGCUGAGUCUAGUAAAAAGAAAAAUGCUGGUACUAGAUCUAGACGAGACGCUGAUCCACUCGCAUCACGACGCGAUGCUAAGGCCGACGGUGAAGCCCGGCACGCCGCCGGAUUUCGUGCUCAAAGUCACCAUAGACAAACAUCCUGUGCGAUUUUUCGUUCAUAAAAGGCCGCAUGUUGAUUACUUUUUGGAUAUAGUAUCACAGUGGUACGAGCUGGUGGUAUUCACGGCGUCCAUGGAGAUCUAUGGGGCUGCGGUCGCCGACAAGCUCGACAACGGCAGGGGAAUACUGCGGCGGCGGUUCUAUAGACAACACUGCACAGCAGAAAACGGUUCCUAUACAAAGAAUUUGUCGUCCAUAUGCGACGACCUCAACAGGGUGUUCAUAUUGGACAACUCGCCCGGCGCGUACCGGGACUUUCCAGAUAACGCGAUACCAAUAAAGUCGUGGUUCUCCGACCCGCUGGACGUAGCGCUGCUGAACCUGCUGCCCGUGCUCGACGCCCUGCGCUUCACGCACGACGUACGCUCCGUGCUCAGCCGCAACCUGCAUCUGCACCGGCUGUGGUAGCCGCCACUAUACAUAAAAUACCGGCUUUUGUACAAAUGAUGGACGCCACAGGCCUCCUGAACUUAUUUAUUAUUUUGUCACUCGUUAGGCGGUUCAACUUCUAUUCAUAUAGAUUUAAUAUAGUUGAAUAUUUUUUUUAAGUUUUGUUUUUACGUAAAUAAAAGUGAUUAUCCGGUGUAAUGUACACACGCGUUGUGUAUGUUGGUAAGUUACCUACAUAAGUAGGGCGGAGCGUUUCUAAAACGCUGUUUUUGUUAUUUGAACAUAUUUGUAAGUGCAAGAAUGGGUGAGGCCUCACUGCGAGCGAUAGGAAACACUUUACAUCAUCCUAAAUUGAGCUUCAGUGUCGUAGUGCCCUUUACCAUAUCUGUAAUUAAACUAAAUGCAUAUUCACGAACAUUAUUUAAUCGUAGCGACUGAAAUAUUUAAUUGUAAUGUUAGUUAAAUACAUUAAUAAGCUCUGUGUUCGAGCUUCCGUGUGUUUACCGAUCCCAUAGAGUUUUCCAUGACAUUUAUUUAUUCUGGAAUGCAUUGAGUAGUCUCUCUUAGGUCCCAAGAAUAUUAUUAAUAAAAAUGGUACCUAAUCUUUGAUGUGUUCAUUACGUCCGCCUUUGAUGACACGAAUUAAAAUGUACUAAUGCCCUAGAUCGAUUUGUAGCUUGAAACUUGCAGUUGUUUUAUGUAAAAUAUAUCAUUAUUUUGUAAGCUUUUCAGACUUGCCUUAUACAUCCUUUUGCCAAAGUUGGUAACGAGAAUCAGGGAUAGAUAAAUGAAUUUAAAAUUUCCACUUGCUUACAGUGGGGCCACAUUUCUUUCUGAUGUAGUUCUGUCCCCCUCACUUUUAUAGUGAGGAAAUGAGACAAGCUAUCGUCUUAAGGCUUUAUUGUUGCACUCUAAAGGGCUGUCUCGAAAUCUUGACAAUUUGGUUCCAAAUAAAAAUAAAUUAUGUUGAUAUACCUAAUGACUGUUAGUAGCUCAUUUCUUGAGUGUACUGAUUAGUAUACUGAAAAUGUAUGACUGCUAUAUUAUAAGUAUUGUGUUGUGAAUUUUGAUAAAUAAGAUUUUGGGUUUAUACAUCUACAUGUUCAUAUUGACGUUUUAGUAUUUCAAUCAGUCAGGCCUAAUGUUAUAGAUCUUCCGAGCUGGCUGUGCAGGUGGCAAGAUAGGAACAUAGAGAUUUAGGCCAGUAUUGUCAAUAUUGGGAAAUUCAGAUACCCAUUAUUAAAGAGGGGUAUUCAUAAUGUCACCAAAUGUUGCCGUGUUGCGCCACAAAAAGUAACAGAUCUGUGAAUGCACCAUAAUAUAAUUUGCAGGGUAAUUGAGUUUUGAUUCCCACUAUUUUUGGUAAAUAACUUAAAAUGGCAACACCAAGUCUCAGCUAUAUAACACUGAUCUGAACAGAAAGCUCGGUGGGUUCAUAGCAGUGAAUGCGUAGGCGAUUUGUAUACAAAUAAGUUUCUCUUUAAAUGAACAGUUUAGAUCAAAUAUAUUAGUCAAUUUAAAAUCUGAAAUGGCAAUGUAAUUGUUUAUUUUUUCCCCUUAUAUUUCUAGACAGCCCUGAAAUGAAAUCAUAUCUUAUUUUAGACUUAUGAAGGUUUUAAAAGAUAUCGCCAUAAUUUUAAACACAUUUUUUUUGUAAAUAGAAGUGAGAAAUCUAUCCGUGUCAGUAAAUACUUGUGCUGAAUUAUAAAUACAACGAAAAUCACUAGAAAGCUUAAACGACAUAAUAAUCAACAUAUUGAGGAAAUAUAUAAAGUAAUAAGUUAUGGCUAUAUCUAUUAAAACCGACACGUACUGCCCACCAAAAUCAAAGCUUGCUAUUGUGAAACAUAUUUUGUUUAUACUCGCCUCACUUUUUAUAUAAAACUUCAAAAAAUUACUACCUUUUCGCCAAUGUACAGGCCUGGUACCUAGGUAUGAGAUUUGCAAUGGGUGAAACAACAUGAUUCAAUGUUCCUUGCAAAGUGUGGGCCACGCCUCAAGCCGUAUGACGCAAUCCAGUACAGACUGGUUUGCACCUGCGGAAGGGUGCGCCUCAAACCAGUUGACGUGCUACAUAGGAUAUUCUUCUAACAAACUCAAAAUCUCAUGUCUUGUUACAGACUGUAAAAUUUUUAUAACGAUCUCCAAUGUUGCCAGAUUUAAAAUGUAACAAAAGUCCCAGUUGAAAAUUGUAUGAUUGAAAUAUAAAAGUGAGGUGUUUUGCUCAAACAGUUAUUUUUAAAAAUCAUUUGUACCAAUGCUUUAUUUGCUAGUUUAUGAAUUUGAGUCAAUAUCUGUAUGAAACAUAAAUACUUAUGAAGUGUUAAUCCAUUCUUUUAAUAAAAAAUCGACUUAAUUACAACAUCAUGUGUUAUGUUUUUGAUUUAGACUUGACUUAAGUUAACAUGAAGUCAGUUUAUUAUGUUCCUUGGCCAAAACCCGGAUACCCGCCUUCCAAGUAACCCAGUUCGAAUCCCACAAAAAUAAAAUUGGUACAAAUAAUUUUAUAAUCUUCCAGUGGAAUAACGAAUGUAUGUAAAUAUAAUUUUAUAAUGGACAGUCUCGCGUGAUUUGCCUAUUUUUGAACGCGCAACGUGAUCUCUUAGUUAUAGUUUUUGUUUUUACCGCUUUUUAAAAGCUUUUCAAUAUUAUGUUGAAUAUCUCCACCGACAAUACAAUUUUUCUUAUUGGUUAAAAUUCACAAGAUUUUUUUCCUUAACAAAAUAUGAUCCAAAACAAUUUUAAUUCAAUCCGGAAAACUAAAACUUUUUACUAUAUAACUUUAUUUUAAAAAUCGGCAAAUCACUAAGGGUGCGUUCACACGGACUGUGUUUUCUAACUACAGUGUAUCGCAUCCUUAAUCUUUUGUAAAUCACACGUGCUGUGAUCCUCUCUUAAUGACAAUAGCAUAGUGUACGAUAACACGAGAUAUCUGGUACAAAUGUAUGCCGAAAGUUACGAUUACAUUUUUGUUACUACAAACGCUUCAUAAAGUAAUAAAUCAAAAUCACCGGUUUUUUAAAUAAUUAAAAUUAAUCUUUUUUUUACAUAAAAUCAUAUUCACCGUGUUUUAUUUUUCAUAGUUGGUCUAACCUUUCCGAGUUUUCAUUCGUCACUUUAUGAAACGGUUCUAGAUAACAAAAGUAUAAAAUUUUAAAACAUGUUAUGAUUCUACGUCGAGACUCGGCAAGUCUUCUUAGUUUAAUCCCAUUAAAUCGUGUAUAAUGAUUAGUUUAUAUUGAAUUGUUUCUUUAUAGAAAUAAAAGUUCUUUUUUAAACCAAAUAGUUGAGAUAAAUAGUUUUUAGUAAUUAAAAAUGAUAAUCUGUUAGGACUCAUUUACCGAUGGUGUUUUUGCAAAAACUUGUAUGUAUGUAUGUAUUAGUAAAAUUUUAUUAAAAACUAUUUUUCACUUUUAUUAAUAAAAAUACAUAAAAUAUGUAAAUGGUUCACACUUGUACAUUGAAUUAAGACAAUUCAGAUGAGACUCAAAAAUGUUAUCUUUUUUUAUGUUUUUGCAAAAAUUACAUGCCUACACUGAUAACGGACUGUUAACCAAAUUGUCGUACAAGGCAGCCUUCUUGCUACUCGAACUACGGUUGCUAGCUAGAAUAAAAUUACUGCAAUAUCAUUAAUGGUAGAAAGUUGUCUACAGAGGUAACUAUCCACCUUCAUCAAUUGGCGAAAAUAUUCCAUUUCUGUAGUAGCAGGAACGCCGGCCAUAACAUCGUGAUUGACAGUGCAAAGUCUCCCAAGAUUUUCAAAUAAACCUUAUUUUAGUUUAUAAGGCUGAUUUAUUCAUUGAUUGUGUAAUUAUAGAAGGGGCGAUGAAGUCUUAAAAGGUCUCGUCAAGUUGACAGUAAAUGUAUGGGGUAAAGAAAUCCUGAUUGCGACGACAGGCGAACAGAUUUUGGUUAUCCUAGACUUCUUAUCAUACAGGUCCUGAAAUGUUAACAAAAUUAGCGCACGUUUUUUGUACGAAUAUAUAUGAAAUAAAAAUAAAAUGGUAAUUUAAACUAUGGAAUAAACAUCCUUUUUAAGAAUUACUUUUUUAAAUCAUAUUUUUUUCAUGCAUUGAUAUAGAAAUGUGCUAAGAUUGUUUCAGAACAAGUAUGAUAAAAAUGGAUUACCUAUUGAAAUAAACGUCCUGAAUGUGUACGGGGAUCGAAAAUAUGUAUAUUAAUUUACAGUCUCAAGGUAACCAAACGAGUUGCCUAUGCGUCCAUUAUAAAUAUAAUGCCCCAAAUGCAUUUUACUUUCAAUUCUACCAAGAAUUUUCUGAAUAUAAUUAAGUUUUUAACUAGUGUGCCCGAGAAGGCUCAUGUAAUGCAAUUUUUUUCAUGUACAUAAUAUACUUUAUCUGUAGAUAUCAUAGAUCCAUUUUGAAAAUUCACAGGGUGAUUCGUUUUACAGUGAGAUUACAAGUAAUUUUUCUGUUGAUAACCCAGUUAGACGUGCUUCAAAUGUUUUGUGUGAGAAAUUAUGAACUUGUAUUCAUAUUAUUUUUUCACAUCCAUAUAAUACUCUUUUUAGUACGGUUUUGCUUAAGCAAAUUAAUAUGACCAAGACUACUCAUAAAGAACAUUUGAAACAUCGAAAUAAAUAUUGUAUUCACAAAAAGCAUAGCACAAUUUAUAACUGUAUGGAAUACAUGUCAAAAUUAGGUGUUAUUUUUUCUAAAAAUAUUCCCAACUCAUCCUUUAUUUGUAAAUACCGAAAUGGCGAAGGCGCAAGCACACUUAAAUACAACCAAUCAUAGAGAUUUCCAUGUAAAUUGUAAUGUAUGGAUUUAAAGUCGUUUUAAAUAUUUUUAUUGCAGUGUCAUCAUAACUAACAGUAUUCUAUAAGUAUUUUUCACCAUUAGAAUUAAAUGCUACGCCAUUUUAUGUGGCGAAACACAUUUUUAUAUGCACCCUAUUUUUAAAAGAAUACUAAAUUAAAAUUCUCGUAAAUGACAACAAUCUAAGAACAAAUUAUUCUUUCAAUUAUCAUCAAAAGGUUAAGUAUACAUGUAGUCAUGUACUUAAUGAAUGACGCUGUGGUUAAAAUAUGUAAAUACGACUGUAAACUUUGAUAAAUGUUUACUGUUUAAAUAGAAACGUGGACACGCCAAAUGAUGGCGAUUAAAAAAUAUUGAAAACUAAUAUUGCGGUCUCAACUGGUUGUUCAAAGUUCAAAAGCGAUUUGUAAUAUAGCAAUAUUAAAUCGAUUUCAACAAA